AUGUCUCAUGUAAGUGAAAUGUGGUGCUAUCACUGGAAAUGGAAGCUGCAGCACUGUCUCUGCUUGUUUACCACAUAUAUUAUAUGCAUGCAGCAAGCAGCUCACGGAUGCUAUGACUGUAGGACCGUGCUAACUGACCCCUCUGGAGUUUUCACUUCUCCGUGCUUCCCCAGUGAUUAUCCCAACAGCCAAGCGUGCAAGUGGAUCAUCCGAGCACCUCAUGGAUUCAUCAUACAGCUAACAUUUAUCGAUUUUGACAUUGAAGAAGCUCCGGGCUGCAUUUACGAUUCACUGACACUAGACAAUGGAGAAAGCCCAAUGAACCUUUGUGGCAUCACUGCCAAAGGAUUAUCCUACAACUCUACCGGAAAUGAAAUGAUCGUGUCAUUUAAAAGCGACUUCAGUAUCCAAAAGAAAGGUUUUAAUGCCAGCUAUGUACGAAUCGCCGUGUCUCUGAGGAAUCAGAAAGUCGUCAUUCCCCAGGUUCCCGACGUCGAUGCUGUGUCCGUGGCAGAGACUGUCUCAGUGCCAGAGCUUAGCCAGUUUACACUCUGCUUUGAAGCAACCAAGGGCAGCAGUGAUGACAACGAUGACUGGAAGGUUUUCUCCUACACUGAUGCGCUGUCGACAGAAUUCUUCAGCUUCGGGAAGACCACAAAAGGCCAUUUUCUGUCCAUGUCAGGCACGCAGUGCGUCCUUGAGAAUGCAUUGCCCCGAAAUGCGGAGUUUUUCACGGGAACCUUUCAACAGCUCUGUGUCGUAGGGGAUAGCUUCUCGGGCAGUAUAGGUAUAUAUGCCAAAAGCACCUAUCAUAUAGUGUACUGUCCGGGUAUCUUUGGCAAAGUUAUCCCUGGAAACGGGAGGCUGGUGCUGGGCUCUAACAGCAAUGAAGUGAGCUCUCUAAAUGGAGACAUUUACAACUUCCGCCUCUGGAAUUUCACCAUGAAUGCGCAAACACUGGCCAACCUCAGCUGCGAUGUGAAAGGAAACAUUGUAGACUGGGAAAAUGAAUUCUGGAGUAUUCCAACUUCAGCACUGAAAGCAGAAAACAAUUUGAGUUGUGGCUCAUACCUAAUUCCCUCUUCUACAAUUGAACCAACCAGUUGUGCAAACCUGGGAAGCCUUUGCCAAGCUACUGUAAAUGCUACUACUCCUACACCACCCACUGUCACCACUAACAUGCCCGAUACUAAUAGAAACGAUAAGCCAAACAAUGACCUGCAGGAAUUCAGACUUCCUGCUACAGUUAUCUUCAGAAUGAAGAGAAAUUCACCUGAAUCCUCCCACUCACGACCCCAGAGGCAGCAAGAGUCUAAGAUAGAAGGGGUCAAAAGCAUAGGAAUUAUCUCAACCCCAAUUAUUUGGCCAGUGAAACACAGGCCUCUCCAUUUCAGUAAAAACUCAGCAGAUGAGAACCCAGAGAGAAGAACCACGUACAGCUUGUUUCUUCCAACUGUGUCCACAUCAGCUGCUUCUGAGGAGACCGGCAAUGAUACCUUGGCUGCCUUUACAGAACAAAUCGACUUAGACAAUACUGUAAUGAAUUGGUUACCAAAUGAAAAUACUUCGAAUGGUUCUAGAAGUUCGUUUGAUGGCACUUCUGAUGCAGCAGAUGCUGUUACAGAGCCUUCUGUGAAUGCAGCAGUUCCUCUUCUUCAAAACAGAAGUCCUAAUGCAGAGCUAGCACUGACUCUGGCAGAUGGGCUAGAUCGUUCGGACUCUGAGUCAGCGUUCCGCUCUCCCCUCAGCAGCAGCAGCACUGCUUACGAACACAAAAAAGAAGCCACGUGGAUUUCGUCCUCCAACAGCAGCUCAACCGAUUUCAUGCAUAUAAGCGAUGUCUUGGAGCCUGAGCGUUGGAGUGAGACUGCGUUCCAUCAUCAUAUCACCUCUGACAUUCAAGAAGACAGACAUCAUUCUCUUUCUAGCUUAUCUAUAUCACCUGCAGAGGAGAAAUCAUCAUUCCAAAAAAGUAGGCUAGAUUUACUAGACUUCACACCUGAAAAUUUUUACCUGCAAAUGGUAGAAGGCGAUGCUGAUAGGAAAUAUUUUUCUAUGUUAGCAGCAAACAGUGAAUUUCAGUUUAGAAAAUCCGCGCACAUUAAAGAACAUCAUUCAGGAGGCAUUACAAAUUUAACCUCUGUGGAGACUCCACGUGCAAACCCAACAACUUUUUUUCAAAACGUGAAAAAAACAUACACAAAAUUUAUGCCUGACAUCCAACCGACAAAUUCAGUCCUAGGACAUAGUGGAGAACCACUAACAUUUUCAGCACUUCUGGUAGGAACAGGUUGGACAAGCUCAGCAUUUAAGCAGGUUGUAACAACGACCCUGCCUGUUUAUCAACAGUCGUUGACUGACGUAUAUUUGGAAAGUGACAGCAUAUUUAUAUCUAAUAGCAAUUACUGGUCUCAUUAUUUAAAACGUUCAGUAUAUUUUCAAAAGCCAAGUGAGACCCUCAGAAAUGGAGUACUGGAGAACAAUUUAGAUGCAUUUCAUGACAGUAGUCAAAAUGAAGAAUCAGCUUUUUCCAUAUUAGAGCCAGAGAACACUAAUAGAGUUGGCAACUCCUGGGACUCAGGUUACUUGGAUUUUCCAACAAAAUAUGUAGAUAUUGCCCCGUCUUUAAGAGCAAGUUUCUGGACCGUUUCCUAUCAUUUGAAAGAAGCAUCUCAAGUGUUUUCUGGGGAGCCAUCAGAAAAUUGGUGGCUCUCAUUUAAUAAACUGCUUUCUUCCCCAACAGAGAGAUUGCCAUCCUUUAGUUCACCUGCUAAGUCUGACAGUAUGUCUGAACAAACAUCUGCCAUUAGAUUGUUAGGUCCCAGGGCUGAAGAAAUGAACUUCUCUAGUCAUGCAUCAGCUUUGCAAACACAAAUCUUUAGUUCAUUUAUUCCAGGCCUUUCAAAGAGAAUUUCAAAAAGUAAUGGCAGGACAAUAUCACAGUUCCAGUCAACAGUGAACUUUGCAAACCUAACCGUGUCUUCCAACAGUGAAUUUUAUUUUGAUUUUGAUUUUCCUUCCCUGGAAGCACCUUUGAGUCAACCCUCUGUACAGGUACAGGUAAGUGCCUUUGAUAAGGUACUUGAAAACUCCACAGAAAAACUAAUGAUAUUUGAUAGUUUGCAUAUGCAAAUUGGAACUGACAUAGUAAGUGAUCAAACCAACAUGACCUUCCUAAACAAUAGGCAGCAGCUUGUUUCUGUCCUUCCAACACAUUCAGGAAGCCAGCCUUCAUGUUCAAGGGAUAGCCAAGCUUCUUUCUUGAUCAAUACACCAGUUAAGAGUUUGGUAAACAGUACAAAAACACAUGGAUCACCGCAGUCUCAAAGUCUUUCAGCGAAUGAUGCUAUAACAAAUACUAUUGAUAAAGCAAGAAGUAAAGUUCAGAUAGAUGCAGGUGUUUUUUUAAAAAACAUCAGUUCGAUGAGUUCUGACUUCCUUCCACUGACAUUGUCUUUGGAAUUAAGGCACCUUCUUCAUUCAGACUCAAAAUUCAGAGUCAGUGUACCUCCUAACAGCUACUCGACACAUCCACUCCCACAAAGUUUUCAGAACCAUCGUGAUACAAUUUCUCCAACCCUGAUUCCUCAGUGGGGUGUAGCAGAGUUAAGCUUGCCAACAACAGUAACACCAAGAAGUCAUCUAAUUGUUUUAGGACAAAACUACAUUGAAAAUCAAGAGGACAAUCUGAGAUAUUCUCUAUGGGCAGUAAAAGAAGAAAUCAUUGGUGAUAAUGAAGACAUAAGGAAUUCUGCUGUUCUGACAUCAACAAACAUAUUGAGGCUUUCCGAAUGGGAUUCAGAAGGAGAGGUGUAUGGAUCCUUUAGCAAGCACAGAGAAGGAAUGUCUUCUCUGAAUAUUGUUAGUACUCACGCCUUGGAUUUUGAAAAUGCUGAUAAUGGACGUUUUGCAAAUCUCUCUUCUAUUCUGGAAUUGUCAAGAACUGAAAUAAUGAAUGAUGCGAUACCUUUGCCAUCUUCCUAUAGUGGAGUUAUUAUUCAGCACAAAGAGACCAUCUUGAACAGCACUCUGACGACACCUGGAGCAACAAUCCAUCACUCUUUCAUGCAGUCCCAAAUGCCAGUUUCUUCU